ACUGUCGGAUUGUGGGCUCUGUUUACACCAACUGCGAUGGACAGGGACGUGAUAUUUGGUAAAACACCCACAAGUUCCUUCGCAAUUACAGUCACGGUUGGAUUUUUCGCUUUCGAAUGUUCAGCCUUGCUUAUUUCUGACAUAGUUUUUAAAAGUGCCAACGUUUUGCUCAAUCUCCACCAUUGGUUGUCUUUAGUUGGUUACUAUCUGGUUUUACAGACGGGGGCCAACCAUCUGUUUGCAUGUAAAGGUCUUACUUUGGAAAUGAGUACACCGUUUUCAGCACUGUGUUGGACCAUGUUGAAAUGUGGUAAAGAGAAAAGUUGGAUAUGGAAAGCUAAUCAAUUUUUAUUGGUCCAUACCUUUCAUUGUCGAUCUAUAGUGGAAUGCUAUUUUUGGUAUGUCUCCUAUGUUCAUUGGGACUAUAUCUAUACGCAGAUGCCAACGUCCGUAUUCUAUGCUUUAUAUAUACAACUUCCUUUAGUCACGUUUGUCAUGACUCCGUAUUGGACCUACAAGAAAACGAUACAAAUGAUAGAACAAAAAGACUGGAAUUUUGAAGAUUCCGCAAAGGACAAGAGCUAUAAUGGAUCGAUCAAGAAAUCUACUUAG